GGCAAGUCUGCAGACUUACCGUCUCAGCGGGGGAGGACAUUUUUGAAAUGUGAGGUAACGUGGUGUUUCUUCUCGCAUGCUUAGCGGUGGCACAGCUGAUAUGGCAAAGAGACGCGCUGAGGACACUUUGUUGCACGACUCUCCCUCCAAAAAACGCUACCGCCCUCUUCCGGACAUGCGGCUGGACAGCACGGUGGAGCCGCCGUCCGUGCUGGCUCUGCUGGGUAGCCGCUGCAGAAAGAGGCCGAGCUGCUCUUCAUUGGACCCGGAGCAGUGUAGUGAAGAGGAUGGAGAUGGAGCUCCUUCUCGCAGCAGCUCCCGCUGUGACCCCUCGAAGCAGCUCGCUGCCUGCGCCUUAUCGCUGCAAGCUUCUGGAAGUUUCCACGACCGCCUCAGCUCCAGCACGGCGAAAAAGUCCAAGAAAAGACCCAGACUGGACAACAAGUCUUCGGAGGCUGUCACUGAAAAAGCUCAAACUACAGCUGUUGUUGAUAGCAACAAUGACUACGCUUACAACUCCUUCCAGUACUGGAGAGUCCCUCUGCCGCCGCUCGACCUCUCACUGCUGGAAGAUGAGAAUGACCAUUCAAAAGCAAACGAAGAGUCAAAGGUGAUGCCAUGGAAGCACAAAGAUGAGUUCGGCAGCGAGAAACUCUCUCCAUUCAGCUGAAACGUGUCUGUCGGAUGUCGACAUAAAUGUCAGGAGAUACUCAACAACAGCGUACAGGCAACAACACCUCAGGCUGUGGAAGUGCGUCCAGGGGAGAGGCAACAACCUGACACCACAGACUGCAGACAUUGGUGUCAAAUUCUGACGGUCUGUGGACACAUCCUGUUGCACCGAUACACAUAUGAAGAAGGAGAAAUUUUAAUGUUGAGAUUCUCAGCAUUAAUGUGUAAGCUGAAGACUUUUUGUGUGUUUUUGUCCAUAAGAAAGAGAAAAUUGAACUUCUCUUGUAGGUGGGUUUUACAGUGUCGGUACCUUUUUUUUUUUUACCAGCUGGUGACUGCCACAUUUUUUCUUCUUUGAAGAACUACUUUAUUCUGAAUUUUGAAAUGGUCCUAAUAGUUUGUAGUGAAGGGAGCCAACCUGUGGCCUGUGCUAUGCUAUCAUCUUUUCCCUUAGUUAUUUGAAUGCUGCUUACUCAGUAAUUUAGGGUUGGUGUUACAAACGGGGUUAUUACUCACUCAGCAUGGUGACAAGGGCUUCACCAUUAACUGCAUCACAAUUGUAAUUUCGGUAUCAGACUACAGUUGUAUAAUCGUUGGAGGGUAUGUUGUAAAUAAAUCGCCUUCAGCGCUGACUGUUGUGUGUUGCUGUGGUCUGUUUGCCACCAUCAAAAUACUUAUCUCCCCCAACUUUAUGCGUGUUUGUUGAAGAAAGAUAAAUGUCUUGAGUGCAGUGUUUACUGGCUUUAACGAGUGAAGGAUUAAGGAGGGCGCUUCCUGUUUGUGUUUUGAGGUACCUGGGUGAAUAAUAAACAAGUGGGCAUUAAACAGGGCUGUGAAAACUCUGCAGAUCAGAGGAAUUCUGAGGAUUUCAUCAUGGGGGUGGGGUUAGUAUUUUACUCUGUAAUCGUGAUCCUCACUGAGUUUGCAAAAUGCCUAUCGCAAAGCUUUUUUUUGUUUUUUAACGACAUAGUGCAAGUUUUAUAAAUCUGCAGACACUGAUCUAUAUAACAGAUACAAAUCAGUGUCCGCGGAGAAAAUGGCAAACUCAAAGCGUAGCUGUUAGGACAGUUGUAAAGUGGGACUGGUUGGUUGUUACGCGAUGUUGUAUGUCUGCUUCAAGACUGUUCCUUAACCUAAAAGUAGCAUGUGGACAUCGCACACUUUAAGAGCUAUCAAGUUUUUUAAAAGAAGAAUUUGGCCUGUGUCACAGAGCAACGGUGGACAGAAGGAAGGUGGCGAGAAACUUUCAAAAAGUUUAAAUGGCAAGAAUCAGUGGAAUUGGCUCGCGAUUGAAUUUAAAGGUUGUGUUCAUGAACACAAUCUGUGAUAUAAAAUGAACAGGAAAAGCAAACUGUGCCCUCGUGAUACAUAUACAUGAUUGACUUUGUUACUUAAUCUUGACUUUUUUCAUUAGAAAAAAAAAACUGGAUUUACAGAAGAGUAUUGCAUUCACUUGAUAAAUUUAUUUUUGGUUUGUUUUUCUGAGUAAUUAUUUGUAUUUUUCUGAGUCGUUUAUUUUUUUGUCUGUUUUUUGGAAUAAUUUCUGUUUUUCUGAGUUUGAAGACGCAUUCAUUGAUUGAGAGCUCGAUUUGGUAACAAACAUAACAUUGUUCAGUUUAAUCAAGUUUUACUUUGAUCUGGGCUUAAGACACUGGGAGAUUGUCCUGUCUUUAAGUCAUAUAGGUGGUAUUAUCCAAGAAAGUGAAAGAGUUUUCUGUGGUUUUGGUGAUGCGUCUUACCCAGAUCAUUGCUGAAAAUGAAAACUGGUUGUCAGUUGAUUUUUGCCUGGUUAAGUAAAAGGUCAAAUUAAUACAAGUGACAAUAAUUAAAUAGAAAUGAGAUCGAAAUAUAAAUUAAUUUCAUACUUUAAACAACUUUGAAUUAAAGUUAAAAAUGGACACUGCAAGAGUUUGACUUUCAUUAAUGGCAUUUUGAUGGCAUACAGAGACAAAAUUUGAAAAUCAGUCACUGUACACGACAAGACCAUACUUUUACCAUAUCACAAUAAUACAACUUUUUCAUCAAAUUGUGCAGCACUAAUGGUGACAAAAAGUGCAUUGGCCUUCAUAUGGCGCUGGCUUGAUGCAAUGCAUUGUGGACAUAAUGCACUGCAUGUCGAUUAGACGCUCAGUUAAACUUUGGCACUGCACAUCAUCACCGUGUCACAUGAUUGUAAACCCUCGUGAAAGUGAGCAUCCUGCAGUCAGACGCUGUAGUUGCUUUUCACUUCCCGAGGAUCGGCCACUGUGACAUACGGCGACGACACAAAAACUUUUAAGAGAACUUCAGAUCCAUUAUCUCCUAACUAAAGAGUACUUUAUAAAAAUAAAUCCCUACUUCUUUCUAACUGGCUUGAUGAUAAUAAUAAAAAAGUUCAGCAGGAAGGCUCUUACUGCUCUAUGGAUUCAUUUAAAUUAAAUUUCAAAUUUAACUUUGCUGUUUACACCUAAAGAAUGCACUUUUUUUAAUGGCGCUAUUGCUUAAAUACUGCUCGCUGCGGUGGUGUGCUGGCAGCGAUUGCAGGAUCGUGCACCAACAUCCCACCGUUAUACACUCCACUGUUUGCAGGUAUUUUGCCCCUCCCACAGGCGUGGCGCAGUCAGGACAUUCCAGCCCACCAAGGUGUAUGAGCCUACAGGGAGCCAUCUUCCCUCUCGUUAUGUGUUAUAUGGACUGCACAUAACACGGGUCACUGGCGAGAACAGUGUUGUGUGUUGACCGAGCUGAUCCUCUCACUUCUUUCCUGCUGUACUCCAGAUCAUGUUCCCUUCAUUGGCCCUGAUGCAGCUAUGAUUGGCUAUUUGAUUUAUGUCCUUUCAUUUCCCCUGAGCUUUGACACAUUCUCACCUGUUCUCACUCAUAUGUCACUCAGACACAUACUCAU